AUAUCCGCUGACUGGCUCAAAAGCUUAGAGGUUGCGUCGUCUGCCGGAGAUUCUACGUCAUUUGUGAGCCAUUUCCUUUCGGACGGGUGGUUCAGAGAUCUUCUAUGUUUCUCUUGGGAUUUUAGGACGCUAUCAGGUCUGGAAAAAAUACACGGAUUCCUCUCGGAGGUGGUUGAUGGAAAGACGCGACUUGAACAUUCUGGUCUUCGGAACUUCAAGCUAGAUGAUCACACCGCCAAUGCGCCUUCACCAUUCAAACUGCCAGGUCCACAAGGCAUUCAAGGAGUACAAGGUGCUUUCACAUUUACUAUUGCGAAACCAACUGCACUUGGACGAGGAUUCUUCCGUCUGACGCAAGAUACCGAUGGGAAGUGGAAAGCUUUAACCCUUUUCACAAACAUGCAGGACCUCGUCGGGCAUGAGGAGUCUUCUGCAGAUCAAUACGGCCUACACGAGGAUCGAAAAAUGACCUGGGAGGAAGAUGUCAACGCAAGGUUCCGUGCUAUAGAGGCAGACCCCACGGUUUUGAUCGUUGGAGGUGGACAAGCUGGCCUCAUGUCUGCAGCGCGGCUGCGUAGGUUGGGCAUCCGUGCGCUCGUGAUUGAGAAAAAUGCACGUGUCGGAGACUCCUGGCGACACCGGUACCCAAACCUUACGCUACAUACUCCGGCAUACCAAAGCUCCAUGCUUUACAGUCCAUAUCCGACAACCUUCCCCAACUAUAUUCCUAAGGGGCAACUUGCUAAUUUCCUCGAUUCAUAUGCUGUGCACCAGGAAUUGUGUAUCUGGCUCUCGAGUAGCAUAGCCUCAACUCCAGCGUACAACUCAUCAUCCGCAAGAUGGACUGUGGAAGUCCAGCACAGAGACCGGAAAGUAUUCGUUAACCCGAAGUACCUGAUACUUGCCACAGGAAGUGGGAGCCCUCGCAUUCCUACUUGGAAUGGGAUGGAUGAAUUUCAAGGAGCCUUGUAUCAUUCCGACUUUCAUAAAGAUGCAGAGCAAUUCCGAGGCAAACGCGUUGUCGUUGUGGGUGCGGGCAAUGCUAGUGCAGACAUAUGUCAAGAUUUCGUAGCGCAUGGUGCUACUGAGGUAACAAUGGUCCAAAGAAGCGCUACAUGUGUUAUGUCUUCGACUACCGCAGAGAAGACCUACCUCAAGGUCCCUUUCCCUCACAGUACCCCUAUAGAGGAACUAGAUUUCCGCAAUAAUUCAAUGCCUAAGGCCUUUUUCCUGCAACUGAAAAUUUCAGGUGGGACACAACACGCGAAGAUGCUUGAUAAGGAACUCCACGACGGUUUGCGCAAGGUUGGAUUCAACUUGACAUGGGAACUUUCGCCCGGUAGUGGCGAGGUUGGGCUGGAAGGAUUUGUAUUCAGCCGCCAGGCUUCAGGAACUAUGCUUGACAUAGGCUGUGGUAAGCUAAUCGUCGAAGGCAGAGUCAAGGCAGGACUUAUAAAACAAGGCCGAGAUAUCAGUUACUUUGACAAAGAUGGGAUCACGUUUGAAGACGGUUCCAAGCUUUCAGCAGACGUUAUCGUCCUAGCUACGGGAAAUGAACCCAUCAUGAAGACCGCGAGAGCUCUUCUUAGCAAUGAUAUUACCGAUCUUCUUUCGCCUGACGUGUGGGGUCUUGACCCAGAGGGAGAGCUUAAUCAGAUAUAUCGACCCUCUGGACAUCCGGCACUUUGGUUUGCUUCUGGUCCAUUUGGGAUCUCGCGUUUCUUCAGUAAACACCUGGGUCUCCAGAUCUUGGCAAAAGAGCUCGGUAUAGCUUGACAAAAGGGGUAUUGCUGUGACGCAUGAUGUAUCUGUAUUAUACCGACGUUAUGACUACCAUCGAACAUAAAUGAGAGAAGACCAACCAUGCAAAACAGGAGCUCUCUGUGU